AGACACUGUAAACUAUACUAUAAUAGUAAUGGAUAAGCCAACAUUAACUGGAUUCAGACCAAAUGAUGAUGGCGAUGAGACCCCACUUCAAGGUCUUUACAACGACUUGCUUAGUUGUUUGGGAGGGCAACAGACCAAUUUAAAACCAAUGACUGGAUUCUCCAAAAUCCUCAAUAUGAUAACUGAAGUCAUGAACGAGCGUCAGAAUACGGCAACCACAGGUGAUGUAACAGAAAGCGAGACAGAGCCACAACCAGAGAAUCUCGAGCAAAAUGUCGUCGAAUCGACGGACAACGAUUUUUACCCGAAUUUCAUUGCGUUCGACUCAUCUGCAUUUAAUAAUGUGGGUGCAAAUGACCAAGUGGAAACUAAUGCAUCUGGGUCAUCAGAAUCUUUGCAGUCCAUUCAGUCGCAAUGCUCAACAGUAUCAAGUGAACGUUCACAUUCUGAAAGUGAAAAUCUAUCAAGAACUGAUUCUAAUCUAGAAAACAAUAAUUUUAAGGGCGAUGAAGACUGUCCACUUGCUGGAGGCGAACUCCAUGAAUUUCCCAUUGCAAUUUCAGAUGAUGUAGCAAAAGCUUUGAAACAGUUUGGCUUGGAGGGAUUGAUUCCACUUCCGCCAAAAAGCCGUCCUGUAAAACCUAUUGUCGCAAAAGAAAUGGCAAAAAGAGAUGUGGAGAUUUCUGGAGACAACAACGAACAAAUGAACCCGGACGAUUGGCUGGACAAAAGCCCAUUGAGUAUCGGUGGAUCAAUGUUGACUAAUCUUCUCAAUGGCUUUACUUAUCGUGAGAGGGCAAUAUCGGGCGGUCUAGACAACGUCGGUGGAAUGUCGGACGCCGAAUCCUAUCAUGGACCAAAUUCUGACGAAGAAUAGUGAACACUCAAAAACUAUGCAGCUAAAUGACAAUAUCCUUCAUCAGUAUAAUAAGUAAUUGGUAUAAAUUUAGUACGUUUCUCAAAUAAAUUAUAUGUGCAGAGGA